AUGGAGAAGGUGAUGGGUUUGGCGUCCGAAAACGGGCUGGUGAUCUUCAGCAAGAGCUCUUGUUGCAUGUGCUACGCCGUGAACAUGUUGUUCCAAGGGAUCGGGGUGAAGCCGGUGAUGUACGACAUCGACCAGGACCCGGAAGGCAGGGAGAUGGAGAAAGCCCUAAUGAAGCUCGGAGGCGCCGCCGCCGCCGGCCCCGUCCCGGCGGUGUUCAUCGGCGGCAAGUUCAUGGGCUCCACCAAUGAGAUCAUGUCCGCACACCUUAGUGGCCAACUUGUGCAGAUGCUCAAGCCUUUCCACCACUCUAUGUCUUAA